AUGACAACAACAGGCAUCUAUCGUUCUUCUAAACACAAACCUAAGUUAAACGUGGAAAUGCCCACUGGACAUGGAGAAGGAGAUCCCAUUUUACCGGUGUACUCUUUCAGAAACUCUUUUACCUGGACACUUCAUGAGGCAUCUAGAAACAGUCCGUUAAUAUUUGCAUUACCUUUUCUUUUAGGAAUUGCUCUGGCAUCUUUUGGAAGAAAAGAAGCGAUUUGUCUUAUUGUUAUCGGUCUUCUGAUCAUUAUUUUAGCAGAUUGGCCCCCAUUGCAUAAGAAUUAUGUUCUAUCCCAAAACAAAGAAUUGUUCAGCACCAUCGUCUUAGCGGUGGACCCCGGUGUAGAGGCUACAAAAUGGAGAGAAGCGGCAUCAAAAAUGAACACUGCUCUUUAUGAACAAGGUUUCUGGAAAACACUGAAUUUCUUUUUCAACGAAAAAGAGUGCCGAGACGGAUUUAGAGAGCAUGUCCUGAAACUUUUACCUUCUUCUGAAGCCUCGAAGCGCUAUCAACAAGCUAUUUCCAAACUUUUUAUGAGUUUCUUGGAGGAUGUGCCUUCAGAAUUUGAUAUUUUACCAAGGUAUAGGUUCUAUGAAUACUUCUCGAAUAAAUGCUUUAUGUUUGGGGUAUUGAUGCUGGCGAUUUCUUCCGCAAUUGGUAUCCCAGACGAAGCCAAAAGAACGAUGUAUUCUAUUUAUGCAUACGGCACAGUCAAGUAUCUUUAUGGUGCAAUCCAAGGUAAACAGUUUUCAUUCCUCGACGUUGUUCCAAGAGUAAAAUUUUUGGCGACUAUAAUGCAUUUUGCUCCUGGUAGUGAUAUCAGCAAGUGCGAUGAAAUCGCUGGACACAUGAACUAUUACUUAAGUAGCAAAAAAGACUGGGAUAUUCCGCGAGGGUGCUUUAAUGAGGGAAAAGAUUGCUUGAAUUUUUACAAAACUGCGUUCGAACCUUUAAUCAAUAGAAACAAGCGUGGUGGCUACCUUGAACUUGAGGAUAUCGUUCUCGAAACCAAUAAAUUAUGUGGAAAAAAUACAACAAAAAUUAUAGAAUAA